AUGAUCAAGACUUUGAUAUUCCUGGCUUCGGCCGCUGUAAUUGCCGUCGCUGGAACUGAUGAAGUAGUAAACGGCGCGAUCGCACUCCUCAGCGGUACCGGAGUGACAGGCAACGUUACCUUCGUUGACCAAGCUGAUGGCAAAGUCCGGGUAACCGGCAGGAUCGUGGGCUUGUUAGCUGGCGAGUACGGCUUCCACGUUCACCAGAAGGGAGACAUCACUGGAGGAUGCGCCAGCACUCUUUCACACUUCAAUCCUUAUGGGAAGCAACAUGGCCACCCUGAGGAUGAAAACCGUCACGUAGGUGACCUCGGCAACAUCCAUUUCGACGAGACCGGCACAGCCAAUAUUAACUUCGUGGACUCGAUGAUCAAACUGUCUGGUCCUAGCAGCAUCAUUGGCAGAGGAUUGGUUCUCCACGAGAGGAACGACGACUACGGCAGGAGCCUCCAUCCUGACUCCAAGACUACCGGCAAUGCUGGCGGCAGAGUCGCUUGUGGCGUCAUCGGCAUUCUAGACAGUCGGAACAAUGGCAACAAAGCGGCUUCAGCAUUUAUAUUGAUCGCUACACUUGCAUUUUCCAUUGUAUUUCCUUUUAUGCUGUAA